AUGGCAUCACCCCCGAAGCUCUUGCUUGGCGAUGUACUCGUCACGGGAGGAUGCGGCUUCCUGGGCCACUACAUCGUCCGUCAGUUACUCGAGGAUAGUGAAAGCGGUGCCGUGCAUGUGAUUGAUCGCGACACCACUCACAACCGCAUCGACGGAGCGAAUUACAUCAAGGCUAGCAUCACAGACGAGGAAAAAGUACGGGCGCUGGUCAUCAAUGACCUACGCCCCCGAGUCAUUUUCCACUGUGCAUCGCCCAACUUUAGCUACCCUACCCUGAGUGCAGGUACAAACGACCAAUACGUCAGCAACGUCAAGGGCACCGAGAUACUGCUCAAGGCCGCCAAGGACAGCCCGCACACGGAGGCCUUUGUGUUCACGUCGAGCGUGGAUAUGUACUCGGGCGCACCGCACAACAACGCCGACGAAACCCAGCCCACCUGGCAGGAUGCCGACUUCAGCCCCGGCGUCGAUGCAUAUCGUCACAGCAAAGCCCUCGCGGCAAGGCGGGUGAUCGCGGCAAACGCCAGCGACGGGACCGGGCCCGGAAAGCUCAAGACUGCAUCACUGGCCCUGGCGCACAUGUAUGGCGUCCGCGACUCUCAGCUCACGCGGGCCAUGCUCGACAGCUACGGCGCAGAGGGCGUCCCGCUCGUGGCGAUCGGCAAGGGGGAGAACUUGGUCAGCGUCGUGUCUUCAGAGAAUGCCGCAAAGGCGCAUCUGCUCGCGGCGAAAGCCAUGCUGGAUCCGUCGCGUGCCAACGGCAAGGUCGCAGGGGAGACGUUCAACGUGGCCGAGGACCCGCCCAUCUUGUUCUGGCACCACAUGCGGACGCUCUGGAAAGCGGCCAGGGGAGAGGCCGCGGUGAAGCAGGCCUGGACGAUGCCCGGGUGGGUGAUGGAGUGGGCUGCCUUUUGCGUCGAGUGGAUUCUUCGCGUCUUUACGCUUGGAUUCGUGAGCCCGCCGACUAUGCUUAGUAGCACUUCUAUAAGCUACGUUUUGUACUCUCAUACAUAUGAUUCUCGCAAGCUGAGGGAUGUGCUUGGGUUCCACCCCAAGUCCUCGGACCACGACAGGAUAGUUGAUGAGGCGGUCAAGUGGGAGUUGCAGAGGAGGCAAGAGCUGAAGGGGAGGAAACAGGAGUAG